UUAUCACUAAGAAGUUGAAACUAAAAAUAAAAUAAAAUAAAAUCUUGGAGAGAGAACCCAAUGGGGAAGGAAUUUUGAAGAAAGUAGCAAAAUAUUUGUAAAAGAAAGAUCGAGAAUUGGUGGCGUUCUCUGGUUCUGGUAUUAGUGUUUGCAUAGACUGUACAAAAAGCAGCAGGUGCAGAAACCAUUGAUGAGAUCACAGAUAUCUUUAAUCUCCUUUCUGACCAAACACUGCCGAUUGAAUAAAAACUUGUCCUCUUGUUUCUUGGUUCAAAACCCAUCUCAUUGAUUGAGCAAAAAAUUAUAGUGUACUGGAGGAGAAGAGGGAUUCUUGAUUUUAGCCUAAAAAAUCAAGAAUUCUCUUUAUAUACAGUACAGAUUACAGUAAUAGAUAGAGUACGUACUGUUAGCCUAUUAUUAAAAGCUGUUUAAAAGUGAGAAAGCAGUAUGAAGAAAAUGGGCUAGGCUGAAAAUUAGAUUGUUAUAGGGGGAGUGCUCUCUCUGUCUAAAGUGAUGGAAUUUGGAAGUUUGAAUGGCAGGGACUUUUGGGGUAAGCAGAUAUUACAGAAACAGAGUAAGAAAAAAGAGGAGAAGAGUGAGAAGCAGCAGCAGCAGCAAAAAAAAGCCACUCAUUGAAAAUAAGCAAAAGUUGUUUAAAAAAGAAGCUGGAACAGGAAAAGAAGAACAAGGGUCUGAGUCUGGAUCCUCUGAGGAAUCCUCAUCUUUAUCCGAACGAGAACCAAAAAUCCCAAGUUGUUAGAUUCUCAAGAAAUGUAGAAGAAGAGGAAGAGGAAAAAGACCACCACCGCCGCCGCCAGGAGGAGGAGGAGGAACAAUCACAACCAGAAGCGCCGCUGUCUCAUGGUCAUCACCACCAACUUCAUCAGUCUGUAGAAUUUUUCCAACAUAAUCAGCCGUCAGGCUUUGUUAGUUUAGAAGAAAUAGCAUCACAGCCACAAGCGCAGUUGACAAAGAAACGUUUAUACUAUCCUACUUCAUCAUCACUGGAGCCGGCCGGAGAACAUGCAAGAUUGUCUGAGAAAAUGGGGGAAAAUUCUCAUCACCGCCAAAUGUUGUCGAGAUUGAGAAACACAGGCGGUGAGAUAGUGGAAGUUCAAGGCGGUCAUAUCAUAAGGUCCACAGGACGAAAAGAUCGGCAUAGUAAAGUCUGUACCUCUAAAGGACCAAGGGACCGCCGUGUUCGCCUCGCUGCUCAUACUGCCAUUCAGUUCUAUGAUGUACAGGACCGCCUUGGUUUUGACCGCCCGAGCAAGGCUGUGGAUUGGCUUAUAAAAAAGGCCCAGGCAGCCAUUGACGAGCUGGCGCAACUGCCGGCCUGGAAACCCACCACUGGUUCGUCAGUAGAAGCGAGUUUUAAGCAAGAUGCACAGAAGCUUUUUGACGAAAACCACCAGCAACAAUCACAGCGCCAGAUGGAUAUUAAUAUUGCAGGGCCUUCGAGUAAAAGGGCAAUGAGAAUGCUGGGAGGUGAAAGUGAGCAACAAGGUUUGCACCAGAGGGAAACUGCGAAUCCGAACUCGAACCUGAACGCGAGCUUUCUGCCCCCUUCGUUGGACUCCGAUGUCAUAGCAGAUACUAUUAAGUCCUUAUUCCCAAUGGGUGCUUCGGCCGAGGCCAGUUCCUCAGCUAUGCAGUUUCAGAACUUUGGAACUUCUGAUUUGCUGUCAAGAACCAAUAGCCAUAGCCAAGAUCUAAGGCUCUCUUUGCAGUCAUUUCAAGAUCCAAUUUUGCUCCACCACCACAACCAACAACAGCCUCAGCAGCAUCAAAAUCCCAUUCACCACAAUGAACAAACACAUGUUCAAUCACAAGCACAAAUCCUAUUAAGUGGCACUCCAUUGGGGUUUGAUGGCACUGCCGCCUGGUCUGAACAACUCCAGCAGAUGUCUGAAAUCAGCCGGUUCCAGAGGCUUCCGGCUUGGAAUGCCAGUGGAGACACCGUGACUGGGAGUGGUGGAGCAGCUAUAUACUCGUUUAAUUCUCCAUCAGUGCCUCAGCCACUGUUGCAACAGCUGUUAGUCCAAAACCAGUUUCUUUCUCAGAGGGGACCCCUUCAGUCCAGUAACUCACCUUCGAUUCGUGCUUGGAUGGACCCAUCCGCCGGCUCUAUUGCCACGACUGAUCAUAGCCAACAGCUGCAGAACCAUCCUGCAGUGUUUCCCAUUUAUCCAUCUUCGCUACCUGGAAUUGGAUUUGCCUCAGGAGUGGGUGGAUUCUCUGGGUUUCAUAUUCCUACACGAAUUCAGGGUGAUGAAGAGGAGCAUGAUGGUUAUUCCGACAAGCCAUCCUCUGCUUCCUCUGAUUCUCGCCAUUGAGAGUUAAACUCACAAAACAGCGAAUCCUCUCUUGCAUUGACAGGAAUUUAUCGAUUUGCCAGUGGAAGAAAUCAGGCAGUACAAUAUAUCCUAGUUUUUGCUGCUCCUGGUUCCUUUGAGGUACUUUGGUGAGUUAAGUCUGGUGGCCACUGCCGUGGGAAGAAGAAUUCUGAGUGUCAUUUCAGAUUUUUCAAUACCGGAUUGCUAUUCUACUUACAGUUUAAUGUGUUUACUGUCUGAGUGAGCUAGUAGCUUAACUUUGUUUCAAGCCGUUCUAUUUACUUUCUGUUUUUGUUGUUAGACAUGUUUUGCCGCUCCUGUCUAUUAGUUUUGUUCCUACUCUUUGAUGAAUUCUCAGGUAAUGAGUUUAGGAUUUCAAGGAAGAUGUGUUUUCAUGAAAUAUAACUUCAUAUCUUCUUCAUUUGGACCAAA